GUAAUUAAUGUUUGGUUUGAUAAGUUUAUUAUUCCUCUCAGUGUUUUAUUCAACUUAUUCAGUCUGUUUUAUCAUAAAAAGAAUAAUCUUUUCUAAAAUUUAUUUUAGGUUUUGAAACUAACAUGAACCUGACUAGCCGAGAUGAUCCUGGUAUAUCAGAGAUCGCAUCAGAGACUCAAGAUAGAAACGCAAAUAACCAUGGAAUUCUUUCUAAUUCACUCUCUAGUGCUAUCACCACUGAAAAUGGAAACUCCGUCUCAAAUGGUUUACCUGAAGAAGAGGGAUUCUCCAGGUUGUCCGUGAGUGGGACAGCGACCUCAACAUUUCAGAGACAUAGAGAGAGUCACACCACUCAGGUAAUCCAUCAGCUGAGGCUCUCGGAGAACGAAAGCGUGGCCCUGCAGGAGCUGCUGGACUGGAGGCGAAAGCUCUGUGAGGAGAGGGAAGACUGGCAGCAGAUCCUGCAGCACUCGGAGCCCAGAGCACCGCCCCCGCCUCCUUGCAAGAAGCCGACGCUGCUGAAGAAGCCCGAAGGGCCCCCCUGCAGCAAGCUGCCCUCUGGGUUCUGGGACGCCACGAUCUGAUGGGGCCGAACUCCAGGCCCACAGGAUGACACCGCUGAGUGAUCCCAGGCAACCUCAACAGAAGGCUGCCUCUGAGACCUGUUGGGUGCUCUCUCCACGCGUUACACAGAAAAGCACAGGACACAGAAGUUAAAUACCCGAGAUUCCCUGGAUGUGUGUGUGUGUGUGUGCGUGUGCGUGUGUGUGUGUUUUUUUACCCAUUCCAUGGGGGUACACUCUGAUUUUCAGGCUCCAUGGUUCUAGGGCCAUGCUACCCCUAUGUAGCAAGAGAAAGGCCAUAAAAAUAUGUGGAUGAGGUGAGAGGGGACUGUGGCGGAGGAGAGGAGGGCUCCAUGCAUACUGUACACUUGUUUUUAUAUAGUCUGACCACAUGUUUCUCAUACUCCAGUCAUUUUAUUACAAUACCUUCUACAGGACAUGUGUUUUAAUUUCUUUGUAGGUGCUUGUGUUUUAUUGGAAUUACAAACCUGAAAAUUAUUUACAUGUUUCUUACUGUGUUUUAUAACUUGAUGCAAUUGGUGGUGCUCCCUUUCUUCAAAAUACAGAUUUUUAAAAAUUAUUUCUAGAAAAUUUUUUCUUUUACAUACCAUUUUUUUUAACCUAAAGUACCUAAGAAUCUCGGGACUCUGUUGUUGUUUUAGCUUCGCCCUGCAUAUAUAUAUAUAUAUGGACCAAGUCCCAUGCUUUAUAGUUCAUUCAUUCAUUAGGAGGCAGUUCCUUCCUAUGCCCUGUGUUUCUGGAUAUGUGGGUUGUGAGCUCUUUAGUUGAAUCUCAUCUCCUGACUUCAGCAUAGGUUACAGGAAAAUUUACGUCACAGCACAUACGGCUUCAAAUUCAUAGCUGUUGGGAUGAAAGGGUCAUAUCCAUUUAAAGGUCUACACAGUACAAAUAAGCACGCUGAGAUUUCCUGGUUCGAGCAGUGCUGCUGCGUCACAAGACAAUUGUCCUCGGAGCCCCCGUGCAUGGCUCACCUGCUAUAAUCCUCAACUCUCCUGUAAUGCAACCGCCUGUUUGUCGAUGUGCUUCUGUGGGCUGUCGGGAAGUUCUGAGCGGUGGCAUCAGACCGUCGGUUCUUACUGCUCAGAACUUUUUAUUCAUACCAGCCUUUGCAAAGUGACUGUGCCAAUAAAAAGGUACAACUGUG